UCACACUGGAAACAACAAAUUAAUGAAAAAAUUACGAUUAAUGAAUACUUCUUCGCGGUUGCCGUCUACUAAAUGUUUUUUUUAAUAACUCAUUUUUCGGGUUUUCCUAUUCGCCGCGUCGAUAGUACAACUUAGAGGACCUUUUCACGGAACACAGACAUCGAAUAUAAUUUUUGACAUAUGUAUUUACCCGGUUCGGAGUGAGAAAUAAGCUAGCCAUGGCGUUACUCCCCCGACGCAUGUCGAUGCUGCUGACUAUAAUCCUUGCAUAUAUUUUCCUUUGUGCGAUUUGUGUCCAGGGAUCGCUGAGGCAAGAAUGGGCAGAAAUAGGUAAAAACUUAACUUUAGAGUGUGCGUCGGAAAACGAAGGAGUAAUUUGGAAAUUGGGAAAUCAAACGAUCAAUAAAAAUAAUACAAGGUUUAAGAUCAGAAUUGAGCCACUGAAAUCCAACGACGACGUUAGUGAAAACAAUGAAAGCCAAGACUUCAUCAAGUAUAAAAAUGUCCUGACGCUUCUCGAUGUUAAUAUUAGGGACUCGGGAAACUUCACCUGCACCUCCCAAACGGGGCAAAAUCAUUCGACUGAAUUCCAAGUUAGGCCCUACCUUCCCUCCAAGGUCUUGCAAAGCACCGCCGACAAGAUAAAGAGAAAAAUCAAACAGGAUGUUGUGCUCCACUGUCUGAUCGAGAUGUUCCCGCAAAAUGAGACGACGAGUAAGAGCCUGAAAUGGCUUAAAGACGGGAGCCACUUCGAGUUCCUGGACACCUUUUCGUCCAUCUCAAAGCUGAAUGAUACCCACUUGAACUUCACCCUGGAGUUUACCGAGGUUUACAAGAAGGAGAAUGGAACCUACAAGUGCACCGUCUUCGACGAAACGGGUCUGGAAGUUACCUCCAAAGACAUAAGCCUUUUCGUAAUGGAAGUGCCACAAGUUAGCAUUGAUUUUGCCAAGGCUGUGGGGGCCAACAAGAUAUAUUUAAACUGGACCGUGAACGACGGCAACGAUCCGGUUCAAAAAUUCUUCGUCAGCCUGCAGGAGGCCGGAACACCGACUAUUACUUACCAUAAGGACUUUAUAAACGGCAGCUACUCAUCGUAUAUUUUGGAUCAUUUUAAAGCAAACACGACAUAUUUUUUAAGAAUUGCGGGAAAGAACUCGAUUGGCGAUGGCCAGCCCACCCAGUAUCCCCAGGGAAUCACCACUCUCAGCUUUGAUCCCAUAUUUAUACCGAAAGUCGAGACCACCGGCAGCACAGCGUCCACAAUAACGAUAGGCUGGAAUCCCCCGCCGCCGGACCUCAUUGAUUAUAUACAGUACUACGAGCUGAUUGUCUCCGAAUCGGGCGAGGUGCCCAAAGUGAUUGAAGAGGCCAUUUACCAGCAGAAUUCUCGAAACUUGCCAUACAUGUUUGAUAAGCUUAAGACCGCCACAGACUACGAAUUUAGGGUAAGGGCAUGCAGCGAUCUGACCAAGACCUGUGGACCUUGGUCCGAGAACGUGAACGGCACAACUAUGGACGGCGUGGCUUCGAAGCCCACCAAUUUGACGAUCAACUGCCACCAUGACAACGUAACGAGGGGCAACUCAAUCUCCAUCAACUGGGAUGUUCCCAAAACGCCAAACGGCAAGGUUGUGUCUUAUUUCAUUCACCUGCUGGGCAAUCCCAUGAGCACUGUGGAUAGGGAGACGUGGGGACCCAAGAUUCGACGAAUCGACGAGCCUCAUCACAAGACCCUGUACGAAAGUGUUAGCCCGAAUACGAACUACACAGUGACGGUGUCCGCCAUAACGCGUCACAAGAAGAACGGCGAGCCAGCUGUAGGAAGUUGUCUAAUGCCCGUCUCCACGCCGGACUCCAUUGGCCGAACUCUGUGGACAAAAGUUAACCUGGGCUCCAAACACGUCCUCAAAUUAUACCUACCCAAGAUCAGCGAACGAAACGGUCCCGUUUGCUGUUAUAGAUUAAAUCUAGUUAGGAUUAACAAUGACAACAAGGAACUGCCUGAGCCGGAUAAGCUAAAUAUCGCCACAUAUCAAGAGGUUCACAGCGAUAACGCCACAAGGAGCAGUGCAUAUAUAGCUGAAAUGAUCAGCAGAAAGUACUUUAGGCCCGAAAUAUUUUUGGGCGACGAGCAGAGAUUCAGCGAAAACAAUGAUAUUAUUAGGGACAACGAUGAAAUUUGCCGCAAAUGCUUGGAGGGUACUCCGUUCCUGAGAAAGCCGGAAGUCACCCCCCCACCUCCAUUGGGAUCACUAUCAAAUUUUGAUCCUGAACUACCACAUUCCCUCGAAAAAGACAACUUGAUCCAGGGAGCCAACCUGACAGAUCAUGCUCUUAAAAUCCUAGAAAGUAAGUUGAGAGACAAGAGAAACGCGGUGACAAGCGAUGAGAAUCCAAUUCUGAGCUCCGUCAACCCGAAUGUGCCACUCCAUGACACUAGUCGAGAUGUUUAUGACGGUCAGAUAGAUAUAAACUCCAAUUAUACUGGAUUCCUAGAGAUUAUAGUUCGGGAUAGAAAUAAUGUGCUAAUGGCAUAUAGCAAGUACUUUGAUGUAAUUACGCCAGCUACAGAAGCGGAACCCAUUCAAUCCCUGAAUAAUAUGGACUUCUACCUAAAUAUUGGAAUUAAAGCAGGAGCCGUACUACUUGGUGUUAUCCUCGUGUUUAUUGUGCUGUGGGUUUUCCAUCACAAAAAAACCAAAAACGAAUUGCAGGGCGAAGACACUUUAACAUUAAGAGAUUCCUUAAGCAGGGCUUUGUUUGGUCGCCGCAGUAACAACCACAGUCAUUUUAUUACAUCCGGGAAUCACAAAGGAUUCGAUGCUGGCCCCAUUCAUAGACUGGAUUUGGAAAACGCCUAUAAGAACCGCCAUAAGGACACCGACUAUGGAUUUCUUCGGGAGUACGAAAUGCUGCCCAACCGGUUCAGCGAUCGAACUACUAAAAACAGUGAUUUAAAGGAAAACGCCUGCAAGAAUAGGUAUCCCGACAUUAAAGCCUACGAUCAAACGCGCGUAAAGUUGGCUGUCAUAAACGGACUACAGACAGCGGACUAUAUAAAUGCAAACUUCGUAAUUGGAUACAAGGAAAGAAAGAAGUUUAUCUGCGCACAGGGUCCAAUGGAGAGCACCAUCGACGAUUUUUGGCGAAUGAUUUGGGAACAACAUCUAGAAAUAAUUGUGAUGCUUACAAAUUUGGAGGAAUAUAACAAGGCCAAGUGUGCGAAAUAUUGGCCUGAAAAAGUAUUUGAUACAAAGCAGUUCGGAGAUAUUUUAGUGAAAUUUGCACAAGAGCGAAAGACUGGAGAUUAUAUUGAACGAACCCUUAACGUGUCCAAGAACAAGGCCAAUGUGGGAGAGGAGGAGGACCGUAGACAAAUCACACAAUACCACUAUUUAACGUGGAAGGACUUCAUGGCACCAGAGCAUCCACAUGGCAUCAUCAAAUUCAUUCGACAAAUCAAUUCCGUCUACUCCUUGCAAAGGGGUCCAAUUUUAGUGCACUGCAGUGCUGGUGUCGGUAGAACCGGCACCCUGGUGGCUCUAGAUUCUCUGAUCCAACAGCUGGAGGAAGAAGACUCGGUGUCCAUUUACAACACAGUGUGUGACUUACGGCACCAACGAAACUUUUUAGUCCAAUCCUUGAAACAAUACAUCUUCCUUUACCGGGCCUUGCUGGACACUGGAACUUUUGGAAACACGGAUAUUUGCAUUGAUACCAUGACGACAGCUAUUGAAUCUCUGAAGCGGAAACCCAACGAGGGUAAAUGCAAAUUGGAACUGGAAUUCGAGAAACUGCUGGCCACAGCGGAUGAGAUAAGUAAAUCGUGUUGUGUGGGCGAGAACGAGGAGAACAAUGUGAAAAACAGAAGUCAGGAGGUUAUACCCUACGAUCGUAACAGAGUAAUACUGACACCACUUCCAAUGCGGGAUAACUCUACUUACAUUAACGCAUCCUUCAUAGAGGGCUAUGACAAUAGCGAAACCUUUAUUAUUGCCCAAGAUCCGCUUGAGAACACUAUUGGCGAUUUCUGGAGGAUGAUCUCAGAACAGAGUGUUACCACCCUGGUAAUGAUUUCUGAAAUCGGAGACGGUCCCAGAAAGUGCCCGCGCUACUGGGCGGAUGAUGAAGUCCAAUAUGACCAUAUACUUGUAAAAUACGUGCACAGCGAAAGUUGUCCGUACUACACUCGCCGCGAAUUUUACGUUACGAAUUGCAAGAUAGAUGAUACGCUGAAAGUCACACAGUUUCAAUACAAUGGUUGGCCAACCGUGGAAGGAGAAGUUCCUGAAGUCUGCCGCGGCAUCAUAGAACUUGUUGAUCAAGCAUACAACCAUUACAAGAACAACAAAAAUUCUGGUUGUCGCUCUCCACUCACAGUUCAUUGCAGCCUGGGAACUGAUCGAAGUUCAAUUUUCGUCGCAAUGUGCAUUUUAGUCCAGCAUCUUAGAUUGGAGAAGUGUGUCGACAUCUGUGCCACAACAAGGAAAUUACGAUCUCAGCGAACGGGACUUAUCAACUCAUACGCACAAUACGAGUUCCUACAUCGCGCAAUAAUUAAUUAUUCAGACUUACAUCACAUAGCCGAGUCAACAUUGGAUUAAGUUAGUUAUGUAUAUAUAUAUACGAGUACAUAAUGCACGUGUUGGAACAUCAAUGCAUAGUGUGCCAUGAUAAAUUAUUUGUAUAUUUAUAAAAUCUUUUAAUAAAGUAUUUACAAGGGCAAACGUAAUUUUUUUAACGAACUAUGUUUGCCCGAAACAUAAUAUACAUACAAAUAUAAAUGUAGUGUAUACGUAUCGUAUUGAUAAAACUACCAAAGGAAAAUAAGUAACAUAUUUUAUAAGAUACAAUGUAAUAAAAACUAAUAAUAAGAAUUGUACUUUUUUUGAGCUUGAGUGGAAA